AACCUCAAACAACACCCUUUAAAUUUCCCGUCUCUGCCAACGGUGUACUCACUUCAGAAGCAUAUCGAUCACAUUAGCAGAGCGGGAAGCCCUCAUUUCCAGGAAGCUCUACUUCCUCGUAUACAGAAUGAACGGGAAGAAAGGCAGCGUCCGAAUUGAUAUUCGCACGCCGGAGACUGCGAAGAUGUCCGGUGGUGGUCGAAGUAGCAGCGACAGCAUGUCGCCGAGCAAAUGGAUAUGGGACGUGUGGGAGUUCGCCAAGGGGGAUACCGACAGGGUGACCUUCUCUCUCAAGGUAGGCUUGGCUUGCCUCCUGGUGUCGUUGCUGAUACUAAUCCGAGCACCCUAUCAAGUGUUCGGCACCAACACCAUCUGGGCCAUCAUGACCGUGGCCAUCAUGUUCGAAUACACCGUCGGUGCUACGUUCAAUCGAGGGUUCAAUAGAGCUCUUGGGAGUUUGCUAGCUGGAAUCUUUGCAGUAGUGUUCAUGCAAAUAGCCAUGUCAAGCGGCCACAUUACCGAGCCUUACAUCAUUGGCCUCAGCAUCUUCCUCGUCGGAGCUAUUACAUCCUUCAUGAAGCUUUGGCCGUCCUUGGUCCCUUACGAGUACGGCUUCAGGGUCAUCCUCUUGACCUACUGCUUGAUCAUUGCCUCCGGAUAUCGAAUGGGAGACCCCGUGAGGACUGCCGUAGACCGGCUUUACUCCAUCGCGAUCGGUGGUCUCGUCGCAGUCUUCGUGAACCUCCUCGUCUUCCCCAUAUGGGCCGGUGAGCAGCUGCACAAGGAGCUCGUCAGCCACUUCGAUUCCGUGGCUGACUGCCUCGAAGAGUGUGUGAAGAAGUAUCUCAGCGACGACGGAUCAGAACAACCUGAGUUCUCCAAGACCGUGAUGGAUGAUUUCCAGGACGAGCCAGCUUAUCGAAAGUGUCGUGCCACUUUGAGUUCAUCUGCGAAGCUCGAUUCCCUGGCCAAUUCAGCGAGAUGGGAGCCACCCCAUGGGAGAUUCCGACACUUCUUCCAUCCAUGGGCGGAGUACGUCAACGUCGGGGCCGUGCUCCGUCACUGUGCCUAUGAAGUGAUGGCAUUGCAUGGCUGUCUGCACUCGGAGAUACAGGCACCCUUUAAUCUAAGGUGUGCAUUCCGAUCCGAGAUCCUCGAUGCAACGACGCAGGCAGCAGAGCUGCUUCGCAGCAUGCGCAAAGACAUCAGCAACAUGAAGCACGGACUCCGGACGAGCCUUCUCAAGCGCGUCCACAGCUCCACCGAGCGCCUGCAACGCUCCAUCGACCUCCACUCCCACCUCCUCACCUCAUCUCACCAUCUCUCCACGGCUCUCUCUUCAAACCUUAUACCCUCCCAAGAUCACUCGACCGAUCCGGAUAGCAAGGGAGUCGAGCCAAACGCAGCGGACACGUUGGCACCUCGAGUGGAUUCGUGUCAUGACACCACGAAGAAGCAGCAGAGAAGGCUGCGUUCAUGGCCUUCCAUAGAGGUGACUGAUCUGCAGGAAGACGACAUACCAAGGAUGAGUGCGUUGGAGAGCACCACGGCGUUGUCGCUCGCCACCUUUACCUCAUUGCUCAUUGAGUUCGUGGCACGGCUCGAUCACUUGGUCGAGGCUGUGGAUAAGCUUGCCCGGUUAGCUGGAUUCAACUAAGAGCUCACAAGCUAAAAGAACUCUCUGUUUUCGUGGUCUCACAUCCUGUACAAAAACUGGCAGUAUUCAUACAAUAUGUGUGUGUGUGUGUGUGUGUGUGUGUGUGUGUGAUUUACACAUCAAGAAAGAAGAAAAGUUUGCCUUUGCCAUCA